AUGAUCAGCGCAGUCACAGCAACAAUUAGACAAUUACGUCAUACGAUUCGGAAGAAGACCUCGAGGCCGGCUUGAGGCUUGCUUUAGGACCAGGUCAUAGGUUCUGUAUCAAAUUGAGGCCCUUACGAUUUGGAUAUCAUUCUCUCUUUCCUUCGGCCGCGUCGUAUUCGCCACACGAAUUACCUUUCGACUUAGCCUAAUCAGUUCUUAACGUUGACUAAAGAAGUUUAAAUCACAUCGCUGGCACCCCUCUAGCCCUGAAAUCCUCUACUAUGGACUUGAACCGAGGAGGGAAAACUCCUCCUCCAGCUUAUACACCGAGCCUCGCAGGUCCAUCUUCAUUGCCUCAGUUUAAUAGUGUCAACUACAAUCCGUGGGCAGCCGUUCCCACUCCUGCACAUCCUAAUCCCCUAAGCUCGGGGCCAACACCAGCAUCUGCGCUUUCAAUACCAUAUGCUUACUAUGACCCGCGUUCGGCGCAUUCCCUUGCUGAAGCAGAUGUCCGGGCAAAGUGGCGCUUCUGGCUUACACUGUUAUGGGUGCUAGGAGCAUGGAUGAUAUGUGGACUGUUGGUGAACUGGAUCGAGCAGAUGCAUCCAGGUUGGUUCGAAGAUAUCGAAGAAGGAUGGCACCGAUGGAGCAGGGAUGGUAGAUUCUGAAUGAUUUUUGGCAAUUGCGUCUUUCUUGUGUCCUCUACUAAAUCUAUUGCAUUCUGUUCACAGACGUGACUUAAUUGACUUAUCCACCAUGCAUGUCCUGUACUAUUUCAUACCCUACCCUUCUCGUUGUGUCUAUCGCAAGAACGCUGCAAUACACUUUAUUCCUUCUAUCUAGCAC